CUGCACUACGGGACCCUCCUGGGCAGCAGAGCUUGUGUCCACAUGGCAGCAGCUGCCUGGGGCAGUGGGUUUCUCAAUGCUGUGCUGCACACGGCCAAUACAUUUUCUAUACCACUCUGCCAGGGCAAUGCCCUGGACCAGUUCUUCUGUGAAAUCCCUCAGAUCGUCAAGCUCUCUUGCUCAGGCUCAGACUACCUCAGGGAGGCUGGGCUUCUUAUAUUAAGUUCUUUUUUAUCAUUUGGGUGUUUUGUUUUCAUUGUGCUGUCCUAUGUGCAGAUCUUCAGGGCCGUGCUGAGGAUCCCCUCUGAGCAGGGACGGCACAAAGCCUUUUCCACGUGCCUCCCUCACCUGGCUGUGGUCUCCCUGUUUGUCACCACUGGCAUAUUUGCCUACCUGAAGCCCGCUUCCAUCUCCUCCCCAUCCCUGGACCUGGUGGUGGCAAUUCUGUACUCGGUGGUGCCUCCAUUGCAAGGCUGCCUGAGAACACCUGGCUACGAUGCUGUCAACAAUGGCUGCCAGCCAAUCACCAGGCAGGAUGAAAGGAGGCAGGCAGAAGCGGCCUCCUCCCUCUAUGUAAUGACAGGGCGCUUCCUUUGUGACGUGCCCCUGAGGACAGCAGGACGGGGCGGCCAGUCCUGCCAGCCAAUCACAGGGGCUGCUUGA